UUCAAAGUUUCUCUCCAUUAAGCUAAUCAUCUAUUAGUCGGUUUAAUUAGCUUAAUUAUACCUUUAUUCUUAACAAAAUUAAAUUAUCAUGGCUAUCACUAACAAGCUUCUUCUCACCGACUUAGCUUCCGAAGCCAAAUAUGUUCCCUCAAACUAUGUCCGCCCACUCUCCGACCGCCCUAACCUCUCCGCAGUCGAAUCCUCCGCCGCUCACUCCAUCCCUCUCAUUGAUCUUCAGGACCUCCAUGGCCCCAACCACUCCCAAGUCAUCCAACAAAUUGGCCAAGCUUGUCAAGUCGACGGUUUCUUUCAGGUUAAAAACCAUGGAAUAGCAGAGGAGAUAGUAGAAACUAUGUUGAGAAUAGCAAAGGAGUUUUUCCAGAUGCCGGAGGCGGAGAGGUUGAAGAGUUACUCCGACGACCCCACGAAAACCACCAGACUUUCAACCAGUUUCAACGUCAAGACUGAAAAAGUCUCAAAUUGGAGGGAUUUUUUAAGGCUCUAUUGCCACCCUCUUGAAGAUUAUGUCCAUGAAUGGCCCUCUAACCCACCUUCCUUUAGGGAAGACGUAGCCAAGUACUGCACGAGUGUGAGAGAACUAGUUCUGAGAAUAUUGGGGGCCAUAUCAGAGAGCUUAGGACUGAAAAGAGACUCCAUUGAAAAGGCUUUAGGCAAGCAUGGUCAACACAUGGCCUUGAAUUACUACCCACAAUGUCCUGAGCCAGAGCUCACUUAUGGAUUACCUGGUCACACUGAUCCCAAUCUGAUUACGGUCCUUCUUCAAGACCAAGUUCCUGGACUGCAAGUGCUUAAGAAUGGAAAAUGGGUCGCAGUCAAUCCUAUUCCCAACACUUUUAUUAUCAACAUAGGAGAUCAAAUGCAGGUGAUUAGCAACGAUCGGUAUAAGAGUGUGCUUCAUCGAGCUGUGGUAAACAGUAGCAUGGAGCGUUUAUCAGUGCCAACUUUCUACUGUCCAUCCCCAGAUGCCAUUGUAGAGCCAGCCAAGGAUCUGAUCAAUGAACAAAAUCCAGCAGUGUAUAGGAGCUUCACCUAUGCAGAUUACUAUCAGAAAUUCUGGGACAGAGGACUCGCCACUGAAUGCUGCUUAGACUUGUUUAAAACUGAUCAUAAAUCCAUGUAGGAUAAUUAGUUCUUAAUUUGAUUAACUAAUAUAUGUUUCGUUUGAUCUAGCUAUAAAUUAAGCCAUAUUGUAAUAUUUUUUGUUUAUCUAUUAUAAUAAAAGAAUAUCUUUUGUAGCUUUA